GUGGCUGGGGUAAUGAGUCUGGUGGUGGUGGUGGGAGUACUGGUGGUUGGGGAAGCGAGUCUGCUGAGAAAAAGAGUGACGGUGCGGGCGCCUGGGGUAGUGGGUCUGGCGGUGGCGAUAGCGGUAGUGGAGGUUGGGGAAAUGAUUCUGGCGGUAAAAAGAGCAGUGAAGAUGGUGGUUGGGGAAACGAGGCUGGUGGUAAAAAGAGCGAUGGAGAGGGCGGUUGGGGGAAUGAAUCCAGCAGUCAAAAGAGCGGUGGCGGCGGUGGUGGUGGAUGGUGUGUGAGCAGAGUUCAUGAUGAAUGGUUUGCUGAUGAGGAGAAGGUUCGAGAUGCUGUUGGCUUGUUGGAGAAACCUGUUGUUGAUUUCCCAACUGAUGGAGAACUUGAUUGUGGGAUUUGUUUCGAGACUUUCCUUUCUGACAAAUUUCAUGCUGCUGCUUGUGGUCAUCCCUUCUGCGAGUCAUGCUGGGAAGGUUAUAUCACCACCGCGAUUAAUGAUGGUCCUGGGUGUCUUACGUUACGAUGUCCAGAUCCUUCUUGCAGAGCUGCUGUUGGUCAGGAUAUGAUCAAUUUGCUUGCUCCUGAUAAAGAUAGGCAGAAGUACACAUCUUAUUUUGUCAGAUCAUAUGUUGAAGACAAUAGAAAG